ACUAUUAUUUAAGCUGCACACAGACUACUUUUUAUUGUGUCAAAGUUUCAUUUUGUCAGUGUUGUCCCAUGAAAAGAUAUGCUUAAAUAUCUGCAGAAAUACAAUGGGUGUACUCACUUUUGUGAUAGACAGUAGGACGUUUAUCACAUUUGGUAUAUUUCACAUUUGCCUUUUUUAAAAUACAUGAUCUAGCAGUCAAUGGCUGGCUAUUUGCACAGAAUUUCCCAUUCCCCUCCCCCCAAUUCUCUCUGCAGUGGCCAAGUCAUGUUUGUGUUUGACAAACAAGCGUUUCCAAUGCGUUGAGACAGUCUAAUAAUGUUGGAUCAUGAAAUUUGAGUUUCACUCGGUCACAGUAAAUAACAUUUUCUAAAAACAGUCUAUGCACCAAGAAUUUUUGAGGGGAUUGCUGUUUAAUUUAGUGCUUUACGUCUUGUCAUUCAGUGAAUGACUGCAAAUAGUACUGUGUACAUGUGAAUAUUUCUACCACUGAGGAACUUGCGUAUGUGAAUGAAAAUUGUUAUUGUACAGUUAUGAAUCCAAACUGUUCUUCAGUCGUUUCUCAAGAAGAUUGUCUUUUUAAUGUUUUGUUUUACAUCACUGUUGAACUGAAAAAAUGUAUAUGAUUGUACUUUAAUUUGUUUCCUGUGUUUUUUUUUGUUUGUUUCUUUGUUGUUGGUUUUUUGGUUUUUUUUUUUAAAAUGAGAAAACUAAACAUGGAGAAAAAAAUGUGGAAAAAAAUUCUUAAACGCCUGGUCAUUAUGAAUGCAACAUCUGUACCUCAACAAGUUCGCCUGCAUGUCCAUCUACUCCUUCAUUGUUUAUACAGCUCAUCCUCAUUAGUGUCUGUAGGUGAUCUGGAGCCAAGUUCAUCUGGUUUGGGGGAGAAGUAAGGUACUGAAUACCUCUAGUCACCGGCCAUUUCUAGACUUGUCGUUUAUACAGUACUGAAUUCCAAGCAAAACUGGUGAUUCCUUACAUGUGAAAACAUUUACAUAGAUGUGCUCAAUUCCAAUCUGCAUUAUCAUUCAACUUCAAAGACCUGGAAGGUAAAAGAUUACGGCAAAUUAGUACAUGUAUAUAAAACAACCCCAAGGUUUUUCCGUGAAUUGUUUCCAUGUCACAAACUGCAGUCUGGAGGUCCUUCCAACCUUCUUUCAAUCCAAUGUCAGAAAUAUUUUAAUAAGACAUAAAAAUGUGACCUAUAACUUUCAAACUUGACACAAUGGAUAAGAAUUUUAGCAAAACAAAAACGAAGUUAUCCCUUGUAAAAUGGGCCAAACAAAACACGUCUAAAAUUUUCAAUUAGGGAUCAAGUUUCGAGUUGAAAAGAUUGUUUGAGCAUAGGUGCACUCUCAAAACAUGGGAAAUUGUUUCCUAGAUGUCUUCUGUAACACUUUUUUUUUUUUUUUGCCUUCUGUAACCUUGUACUGCGAAGUACAAUGGGAACCCUGACGUAUCAGUUGCGUCACAUUGUGCGGCAGUCUGUUACCAUGGCAACGGACAACACUCGCCGUCCUCAUUUCUAAAACGGGGCCAAUCCUUGACUGAAAAUAAAUGUAAUCCAAAACUAACAUUUCCUCUCUGGCUGAAACCGAAUUGCAGAUGACUGAACCAAAUGGACGAGGAAGAUGUGUCGUCGGAUGUGGAAAACGGGGAAGAAAACCAAGACGAGGACGAAGAAGCAAUAGCGAUUCGACCCUUGGAUCAAGAUAUCAUAAUCCCAGGUCUUUCUUUGCUGUGUCGAACAGGAAAUGGAUUAAGACACGCAUUCAUUAAAGUCGUUUUAAAGGACAAACGACUAAGUGACAUGGCCGCGAUCAGCAGUUACGUUCACCUUCGCUUCAUGGACGUGUCCAACAACCGUAUUUCUGACCUUUCACCUCUGUCAUCCCUCACUCAGCUUCUUUGGCUUAAGAUUGACAAGAAUUAUGUAACAUGCUUCCAAGGGCAAACCUUUUCUCAGCUGGUCUACCUGCAGUGGCUGAGUAUGGCAGCAAACCGGCUCACAGAAGUGGAAGGUCUUGUUGGACUAGCUUUGGAAAGUCUAAAUCUUUCAGGGAACCGUAUCGAGAGAUUAAAUGGUCUCGAGAGUUGUCUUUUUUCUAAACUGGGGACUUUGGAGCUCAGAGGGAACCGCUUGACUUCAACCAAUGGAAUCAACCUUCCUAAUCUAGAACGAUUAUAUCUGGCCCAGAAUGCAAUUACAAGUCUAGAGGGCUUGGAGAAAUUAGAGAGACUCACUACUCUCCAUCUACGUGACAACAAACUUGGUACUCUUGAAGGACUUAAUGCCAACAUGAAGUGUCUUCAGUAUCUUAAUGUCAGCAACGACUUCUUGGAUGAGACAUGCCUGCGGGCCCUUGAACUCGUGUCAAAGACUCUGCGAGUGCUUAUCCUCUCGGAGAAUCCAUUGGACGGAACCACAGACUACCGGCCAUAUGUCCUGACUCUCAUUCCUAAACUGGAGCGUCUUGAUAAAGAGCCUGUCUCCCUGGAGGAGCGGGCUGAGGUGUGGAAGACAAUUCAGGAACUUAAAGAGGAAACAGGCUAAGUAAAAAAUUUGCAAUAGUUGCUCCACUUCCCGGAAAAGACUGGUUUGGGAACGGUUGCCGAUGUGGAAACCCUGCCUUCAUUUUGCAAAUAUUGUUGUGCAAUUCACUACAAUGUGUGUUUAUUUUUUCCACACACAGUAUUUCCCUGAGUGACUAGGCGAUUUUUACAGCGCUUCCUUGUGGGCCCCCAUCCAGCCGCAUUCUUAAAGAGACAGUAGAGCAUUGCAGCGCGGUCGCCAUCCACCGAGUCAGAUGGUGUUUAUGGUCCAUCGUUGAAAAACGUGCUGUUAUUCCAUUUACAUACGUCGUAACAGAGCUUGAGCUAAAAUGUGAAAAUCACCUUUGCAAAUUGCAUCAUUCUGUCUUGCAAGAAGAAGGUGCAGCCGUACUACAGUAACAUGUACUUUUACAACAACAAAGCAUCACUUGUUCUCUUGAGACCGAGACAAUAUACAAUCUAUGCAAGGGUUUUGGUCGCACCAGAAGACCUUAUGAGAAACUCGUGGGGCUUCUCAUUCUUCAAAUAUAGCUCAGGGGUUAUGAGACGUUGUGAUCUCAUUAAAUUGUUGCUUAGGUUUUUACAAUUUUGUAUUUUUAUUAAACAACAAAUAACAAUCACUGUAACUUUCAAGAAGGACGCAUAGCAAAAAAAAAAUAUAUAUUAACACAAAACAGAAAGUAUAAAAAGUAAAAUAUGCUGGGGGUUUAAUAAAAAAAUAAACUAAAAAAUUAAAUUUAGAACACAAAUACUUUAGAGCCUUUGGAUUAUUAUUAUUUUUUUUUUUUUUUAGUUUUAUAAAGAUUUAUUACAGUCAUUUCUUUUUUAAAAAAGCAAUAUAAAUAGGUUUUGUUUUGGAGAAUUGGUGACCAUUUACAAAGUUAUCUUGGCUAAUAAGCACAUUCGUCUCGAUCACGUGAUACAUUCUCUUCUUGAGCAUGUAUAUGCCAAAUAUUGUGAAUAAGUGAAUAAAACAUUCUUUACGCACGAUUACACGUUUUUGUACGUCAUAUUA